AUGGCUCGCAUCUGGCCAGCUGUCGCGUUGCUUGCCGCAGUUGCGGUUGGCAACGCCAUGUUACGAAGUGCCAGGUUAUUUUUGGCUGAACAAGCGAUAUGCCGUGGAUACUACGCCAUCCACGAUCCUGCAAUCCUCGCUCCCGACGGGCGAGUUGCCGAGCAGCAAUGCAAGCUCGACGGCAUUCAAGCUGAGUUAUCAAUGGUCAUUGGCAUGUUCGAAGUGUGCAUGUUACUUGGUGGUAAGAGAAGACUCCUGGGCACUCCAUUGACAAUCCGUCUGGCUCCUACCAUGGGUAUACGCAAGAUCAUUGCCAUCAAUGUUUUCAUGAUGUGUGGUGCCGCGUUUUACUCUACCAUCGUUACGUUACUGCCCGGAGUCUUCAAUGUUCGUAUGAUCUGGCUGACCGGUUUGUUUGAGUUAGCCAGUGGAGGCGCACCCGCUCGGAAUGCUUUGCUAUACAUCCAUCUGGCCGAGAGAGUCUUGCCUGAUGCUCUUAGCGGGAAACUCUAUCGAUUGAGCACUCUUCUCAUGGUCAUGUCUUUCAUCGGCACUUCCUUGGGAGCGAUCCUGCUCACAAGAAAUGUGUGGCUACUUUGCUUUCUCGGUGUGAGCUUUUGCGUCCUGGCCUUGCUGUUCGUCCCAUUGCUACAGGAGCGGUCUUGGCUAGCCACUUUGCUGACUUCGAGCCUUGUUGCAUCUCCUUAUAUGCCUAUCGCGCAAUCCACAGACGUAGAACCGGCUGAGCCCGACGCCAUGGAAGCUGAGCCACCUCGGUCCUGGAAACAGUCACUGAAGACGGCACUGAAGACGACCAGAGUUGAGGGAUACCAGUCAUCACAGGUCUUGAUGGCCCUACUCCGAGACCGAGUGGCAUUAUUGAGCUUACUCAUCUACUUCUGUUACGAAACAGCAAUCUGCGUCAGAGUCGUACUCCCACAAUGGGCUUCCAAAAGCUUCUCUUGGACGUUUGCGGAGGUGAAUGCCGUCACGGCGGUCCAAAUUCUGGUCAAUGGCGGCGUGUUACUUUCCCUGCCAUACUUCAACAAGCUUUAUCUGCUCCCACGCUUAUCAUCGCAGCGAAUGGUAGAUCAUUGGGCGAUUCAGUCCAGUCUGAUUUGCAAUAUUAUUGGUCUGAUCAUGGUCAGCACCGCUCCAACCCGAUGGCUGUACAUUGUAGCUUUGGCGAUCUACAACUUGGGAGCAGCGUUGCCUGACUCUCUGAGAUCUUUCGUGACCGCUUCUUUGCAAGACGAAAGACAGAUUCAAAGAAUGUACACGGCCAUCAGCAUGGUAGAGGCUAUGGCUGGUCUCGCUGGAACCACUCUCUGGAGCACGACGUUCGCUACAGGGAUGCAGUAUGGCGGAAUCGCAUUAGCCAGAAUGUGCUUCUUUGCGGCAGCGAGCCUUUUCACACUUUCUCUGUUCAUGACUACUACACUGAACACAAUUACACUGGAAAAGACAUCAAGAGGCAUAAGCGAUGGUGAAGACUGGGCGGGACGGUCAUGA